UAAAGUACAUGUUCAGCUAUGGUUGGAAGUCGGUAAUGUAUGUGUAACUCAUUUAGAGAUGUUCCUGGAGAGUUGACCAUGUAUGGGUGUGUUUUAAUAUUUCAGUUAGAGUUAGGACUUCACUCAAGGCAGGAUUGAGCCCGUGGUCCUUAAACAUGAAAGUGACACAUGUGUGUUAAGGAAGUACAGGAGUAGAGAUGAGACAAGGUUGUCCUACCAGCCCUCUAGUUGAGGAGGAACAAUGAGGGGUUAGGACAUGUCUGAAAGAGAUGAUCACUGUUUAUGGGGGAAGAUGGCAACUAUGCUAAGAUUUUUAGGUGAAGAGAUUCUGGGGUUUGGGAAACACCUUUUUUAUUUGAACCCAAGUUUGCAGUAUGCUGUUGGUUAAUAUAUUAUUGUCCUUAUAAGUUCACCAACAGUAUAUUGCAAACUUGGGUUCUGCCCUGCCCUUCACCCUCUGGCCAUCCCAGACCUGUUAGGGCAAUGUGUUUCAUAGGUGGAAACAGGUACCUCCCAAUGAUUUGAACCCAGAUCUUCUGAAUGUAUGAUCCAAAUAUUCUGUAUGUUUAAAGUUGCCUUUAAAAAAGCCCUGUAUUCCAGUCGUUGGGACAUUUCAUUUAGUUUUUUGGAGUUAGUUAAUAGCAAACUCAGUGCUUAUGUGCUAUUUUGCAUGUAUUAACUAAUUUAUCCUCAUAGCUAUGCUGUGAAUUACGUCAUACUUGCUCUGUUUCGUGGAAGAGCCAGCUGAGGCCUAGAGAAAGUGAUUUGCUGAAGGUUACGUAGCUCCUAAAUGAUAGAUCUGAUGUAAACUCAAGGGACACAGCUCCAGAAUCCUUUCUGGUGACCAUCAUUUUGUGCAAUUUCACAGGAACUAAAUAGUCCUGUGGCUUAAAAAGUAUGAUUUAUUACUGUAUUACCUGAAUGACUUUUUUUUUUGAGACGGAGUCUCACUCUGUCACCUGGCUGGUGUGCAGUGGUACGAUCUCAGCUCACUGCAACCUCUGCCUCCCGGGUUCAAGCCCUUCUGUCUCAGCCUCCCUAGUAGCUGGGACUACAGGCACAUGCCACCAUGCGUGGCUAAUUUUUUUUGUAAUAUUGGUAGAGACAGGGUUUCACCAUAUUGGUCAGGCUGGUCUUGAACUCCUGACCUCAGGUGAUCCACCUGUCUAAACCUCCCAAAGUGCUGGAAUUACAAACAUAACCCACCGUGCCUGGCCAACAUUUUUUUUAGAGCGUAUUUUUUUUCUAUAAUAGAAAAACCUUAAGAGAACAUUAUACUAAAAAAAAAAAAGAGAGAGAGAAAUCCUUUAUAUACCCUUUUGGAAAAUAAUAUUUUCUUGUGCAUAUCAGUGGGAUUUUAUGGUAGUUCCAUGCCUACCACAAACUUUGGGAAUUGAGAUUUAUUUUGAAUUGAGAUUGAUAGUUUACCCUAGUGAGCCUGCUGUUUAAUAAUGGUGAAAAUACAUUUUACUGAGCACUAAGAAUCUAUGGAGAACAGUGUAUGUAGAGGAUCUAUAAACAUGAAAACAUUGAACUAUUUCCUAGUUACUUCACCACUGGGCAUUUUAUAUGGAUCAUGUAUCUUAGGAUUGAUAAAUUAUGGUAUAAGAAUGGAUCUAAGAAUGAAUAAAAGAAUGGAUAAAUUAUGGAUAAAAGUCAGCAUCCCUUCCCCAAAGUGAUUGGCAACAGUUAUGAAACUUCUGUAAUUUACUUGCAUUUUUUUAAUCCUCUGGUGAUUUCCCUAAAGCAGUUAGCAAACUGCUUAAAAAAAAAAAAAUAAGGGAAACUCUCUCCACCCCCUUUUUUUUAAGUAAAAAGGUAUUUGUGUGCUUUUGUUUAGGAGGACCGGAGGACCACAAUAACAAUGAUGAAGGAAUGAGAGCACUUUUAUUUAAGAACAAAAAGUUCCUAUUUUUCAAAUUCAAGAAAAAAAAAAAAAGAUCAGAUUGACAGCCACUUAGACCUAAUCCCAAGCCUUGAACAAGUAACCACAGAACACUGCCCAAUCACUGAGAGCCUCAUUUUAGUAACUCCUUUCUGAGAUUCAUGUACGUACAACCAUGCUUAUGUGAAUCAGCCAGUCCCCGAUCACUCUGCUUUAAAAGUCCACCAUGGGGCCGGGCGCGGUGGCUCACGCCUAUAAUCCCAGCACUUUGGGAGGCCGAGGCAGGUGGAUCGCGAGGUCAAGAGAUCCCAACAAGGUGAAACCCCAUCUCUACUAAAAAUAGAAAAAUUAGCUGGGCUUGGUGGUGUGCGCCUGUAAUCCCAGCUACUCAGGAGGCUGAGGCAGGAGAAUUGCUUGAACCCAGGAGGCGGAGGUUGCGGUGAGCCAAGAUCGUGCCAUUGCACUCCAGUCUGGGUAACAACAGCGAAAUUCCAUCUCCAAAAAACAAGGGGUCCACCAUGUUUCUCAAAACCCUUUGAUAAGAUCAGCUCUUGCUGUGGGAGAUGAGACUUUCUUGGAAGCAGUAAAUUUAGCUUCCCUGUUUCAGAAAAAUGUGGUGAGGGUCUCUACUUUAGACAAUCCUGUUUGUCAGCCAGCUUUUGGAGAAGAACCCCAGAGGAAAGAGAGGAUAGUGAAACUUUAAGGAAGAAAUGAAAUCAAGUCUGAUAGACUCCGUGGAAAGCAGCUAACAAAAUUUUUGUUGAGUUUUGCUCUGGCCAAAGAAGCUGGUCGGGCUAGAAAGUGACCUUGAGCUUAGUGUUUACAAGUGCAUAAUGAGGUUAUGGCAGCUCUUCUAUGGGAGUGUAAGCUUUUGAAUCAGUGCAUUUUAUUGAAGAAAAUUUUCAAACUAUUUCCUGUGAUUUUUAUAUCCUCCCAGUUCUGCAAUGCUAAUGAUCCUUAAAUCUCUCCUUUGGCUGAGACCAGGAUACAUUUUUCACAUAGAUAACUUUUAAAAGAAAUGUAACCCUCCAAACAGCUUCUCAAAAGCUUGUUUGUGUGUUACCCAUCAGAAAUUGCUCGCUAUUGUAUGUUAACCCUUUCUGCCUCCCACUCCUUUCCCAGUUUCAUUCCAGUCUACCUUUUUGGUUUUACUUUUGCUGAAUAAAUUCACGUUUCCUCGUUUACCUCAAUCAUCUUUGAAUGCUCAUUCACUCACCUUGUGUGUCUUGGGCACCAGCUUUCCAUAACCAUUCCCUCUGUUGAACCCCCAGUACUUUCUGCAUAUCUUAUGGUUCUUAUCCUGUUUUAUGUUAUAUCUUUAGUUCAUUUAAUGAACAUAUGCUAUGUACUGUGCUCUGUGAUGGGACCCUCUGAAGCAAAUAUAACAUGAUGUCUGCCCUGGAGUAGUUCAACCCAGUAUGAGAAAUGGAUAUAUAAGUAGAUAAUUGCUAUAUGGUGAGUAGUGCAGUGGAGUGGCAUAUGGUUAUUGUGCCAAGUCCUAGGAGGGAUCACUAAGCCUGUCCUUGGGUGGAGGAUACACGAGAGGAGUGUAGAAGUAGAAUUGUUUACUCAGAAAUUGUCCUUGAAAAUCAUGAGAGGGCCAGGCAUGGUGGCUCAUGCCUGUGAUCCCCGUACUUUGAGAGGCUGAGGGGAAGGAUUGCUUGAGCCCAGGAGUUCAAGACCAGCCUGGGUAACAUAGGGAGACCCUGCCUCUACAAAAAAUAAAAACAAUUAGCCAGGUGUGGUGGCACACACCUCUAGUCCAACCUACUCAGGAGGCUGAGGGAGGAGGAUUGCUUAAGCCUGGGAGGUUGUUAAGCCUGGGAGGUUGAGGCUGCAGUGAGCUGUAAUCAAGCCGUUACACUCCGGGCCUGGUGGAUGGAGCAAGACCGUGUCUCAAAAAAAAAAAAAAAAAAAAAAGUCUUGAGAGCUACUGUUAAAUUGCCCUGUAAAUGUGUAAAAAUUGUAAUUUUUCUGCUUUUACUACCACCAGAUGUUACUAAUCUUAAUAGCUGUUUUGAUAGUAGAAAAUUCACAUUAUUUUAAAUGGCAUUUCUUUAUUAGUAAACUUGAAUAACCAAAUGUUUGCCACUUCAGUUUGACUAAUACAUAUUUUAGUGUGUAUAACCUACACUUUUAAAUGUUUUUUGAAAUAGUUUUAGAUAUAUAGAAAAGUUACAAGUAUAUUAUGAAGAAUUUUUUUCCCUGAAUCAUUUAAGUUGCCACAUUACCCUAAAUACUGUUUCCUACAAACAAGAACAUUCUCCUACAUAUCCAUAACAAAAUCAUCAAACUCAGUAUAUCACUACAUUCGAGUGGAUUAUAUUGCUGUAUACCAAACCACCCCAAACUUAGUGGAGUAAGACAUUUUAUUUAGAAAGCUCAUUAGUUCUGUGGGUCAGUCUAUUCAGACAGGGGAGGGAGAUGGUUUGUUUCUGGUCCACAGUGUCUGGGGCCUCAUCUGGGAAGACUUAAAGGCAGGGGGUGACUUGACAGCUAGGGGCUAGAAUCCUCAAGAAGCAUCUUCACUCCCAUGCCGAUGGUUGUUAUGGACCAUCUCCACAUGGUGUCUCUGUGGGCUAGUGGGCACUUCCUACAAACGUGGUAUCUGGAUUCUAAGCAUGAUCAUCCUGAGAGGAAAAUUUCGAAAAUGUUUCAAAUUCCUGUGGAAAAUCUUGACAACAUCAGAAAGGUGCGAAAAAAGGUGAAAGGUAUUCUUGUGGAUAUUGGGCUUGACAGCUGCAAGCAGUUACUGAAGGACCUUAAAGGCUUUGAUCCGGGAGAGAAAUACUUUUAUAACACGUCAUGGGGAGAUGUUUCUCUCUGGGAACCUUCUGGAAAGAAAGUGAGAUAUCGAACAAAGCCGUACUGUUGUGGCCUCUGUAAGUACUCUACAAAGGUGCUCACUUCAUUCAGAAAUCAUUUACAUCGCUACCACGAAGAUGAAAUUGACCAGGAACUGGUGAUCCCUUGCCCAAACUGUGUGUUUGCGUCUCAGCCCAAAGUUGUGGGAAGGCACUUCAGAAUGUUCCAUGCACCUGUCCGGAAAGUCCAGAACUACACAGUGAACAUUUUAGGGGAAACUAAAUCGUCUAGGAGUGAUGUGAUAAGUUUCACUUGUCUAAAAUGUAACUUUUCAAACACUUUGUACUAUAGCAUGAAGAAGCAUGUGCUGGUCGCCCAUUUUCACUACUUAAUUAACUCCUACUUUGGCCUGCGAACUGAGGAAAUGGGCGAGCAACCGAAAACUGACAAUCCUCUUUCUAUAGAGAAGAUCCCACCACCUGACAAAUACUACUGUAAAAAGUGCAAUGCCAGUGCCAGCAGCCAGGAUACAUUAAUGUAUCACAUUUUGACAUCAGACAUACACAGAGAUUUGGAGAAUAAGCUUAGAUCUGUGAUUUCAGAACAUAUUAAGAGGACUGGACUCUUGAAGCAAACACACAUUGCUCCAAAACCAGCGGCACAUUUGGCUGCAGCAGCAAAUGGCAGUGCUUCCAGCACUCCAGCUCCGCCUCCUUGCUUUCAUCUUGCUUUGCCACAGAACAGUCCAAGCCCCGCCUCCGGGCAGCCAGUGACUGUGGCCCAGGGUGCCCCUGGAAGCCUCACUCAUUCCCCACCUGCUGCUGGCCAAUCCCACAUGACUCUGGUCUCCAGCCCUCUGCCCAUGGGCCAGAACAGCCUCACCCUGCAGCCCCCAGCACCUCAGCCUGUCUUUCUUUCUCACGGGGUCCCACUUCAUCAGUCUGUGAAUCCUCCUGUGUUGCCCUUGAGUCAGCCAGUUGGACCUAUCAAUAAGUCUGUUGGAACUAGUGUCCUCCCCAUAAAUCAGAGUCAGCCAGUUGCACCUAUCAAUAAGUCUGUUGGAACUAGUGUCCUCCCCAUAAAUCAGAGUCAGCCAGUUGGACCUAUCAAUAAGUCUGUUGGAACUAGUGUCCUCCCCAUAAAUCAGACUGUCCGCCCUGGGGUUUUACCCCUUGCCCAGCCUGUGGGGCCCAUAAACAGACCUGUUGGGCCUGGUGUUCUUCCUGUGAGUCCCUCUGUCCCCCCCGGGGUCCUGCAGGCUGUCUCACCAGGGGUGAUUUCCGUCAGUCGGGCGGUCCCAUCCGGGGUUCUUCCUGCAGGCCAGAUGACUCCUGCAGGGGUUAUCCCUGGGCAGACAGCAACUUCUGGGGUUCUUCCUACUGGCCAGAUGGUCCAAUCAGGGGUUCUCCCUGUUGGCCAGACAGCUCCAUCACGGGUUCUUCCCCCUGGCCAGACAGCCCCAUUGAGGGUUCUUGCUGCAGGCCAGGUGGUCCCGUCUGGGCUGCUUUCUCCCAACCAGUCAGUUUCCUCCUCAGCUGUUGUGCCUGUAAACCAGGGUGUGAAUUCUGGGGUUCUUCAGCUGAGUCAGCCUGUCAUGUCGGGAGUUCUUCCUGUGGGCCAGCCGGUGAGGCCUGGGGUUCUGCAACUCAACCAGACCGUCAGCACCAGCAUUCUGCCUGUGAACCAGCCAGUGAGACCUGGCGCUUCGCAGAACACCACUUUCCUAACAUCAGGCUCUAUUCUUAGACAGCUCAUCCCUACAGGGAAACAAGUGAAUGGGAUUCCGACCUACACGCUGGCCCCCGUAUCUGUCACUCUGCCGGUUCCCCCUGGAGGCCUUGCAACUGUGGCUCCGCCCCAGAUGCCCAUCCAGCUCCUGCCGUCAGGCACCGCUGCACCAGUGGCCAGUUCCAUGCCCGGCAUGCCCUCUCCUCCAGUGCUGGUGAAUGCUGCUCAGAGUGUGUUUGUUCAGGCUUCCUCGUCUGCAGCAGACACAAACCAGGCGCUGAAACAGGCCAAGCAGUGGAAGACCUGUCCUGUCUGCAACGAACUCUUUCCCUCCAAUGUCUACCAGGUCCACAUGGAGGUGGCACACAAGCACAGCGAGUCCAAGGCUGGUGAGAAACCUGAGCCUGAAAAACUGGCAGCUUGUGCACCAUUUCUAAAGUGGAUGAGAGAGAAAACAGUGCGAUGUCUGUCUUGUAAAUGCUUGGUCUCUGAGGACGAGCUUAUACACCACUUGCUGAUGCAUGGCUUGGGGUGCUUGUUCUGUCCAUGUACCUUCCAUGAUAUCAAAGGUCUUUCAGAGCACAGCAGGAAUAGGCACCUGGGGAAGAAGAAGUUACCUAUGGAUUAUAGCAACAGAGGUUUUCAGUUAGAUGUUGAUGCCAAUGGCAACCUGCUCUUUCCCCACCUUGAUUUCAUUACCAUAUUGCCAAAGGAGAAGCUUGGGGAGCGGGAAGUCUAUUUGGCAAUCCUGGCUGGGAUACACUCCAAGUCACUGGUGCCUGUGUAUGUGAAGGUGAGGCCUCAGGCUGAGGGCAGUCCCGGGAGCACUGGCAAGCGAGUGUCCACCUGCCCCUUUUGCUUUGGCCCCUUUGUGACAACUGAGGCCUACGAGCUGCAUUUGAAGGAGAGGCACCACAUCAUGCCCACAGUCCACACAGUCCUGAAGUCUCCUGCCUUCAAGUGCAUUCACUGCUGUGGGGUCUACACUGGAAACAUGACCCUGGCUGCCAUCGCCGUCCAUUUGGUGCGCUGCAGAAGUGCUCCUAAGGACAGCAGCUCAGACCUUCAAGUCCAGCCGGAUUUUAUUCAGAACAGUGAACUGCUUUUAGUCAAUGGUGAAGUGAUACAUGAUUCCAGUUUUUCUGUUAAGAGGAAACUGCCUGAUGGCCACGUAGGGACUGAAGACCAGAGGCACAGGGAGGAGCAGCCUCCCAUCCCAAAUGCUGAUGCAGCCCCAGGUCCAGAAAAGGUGACGAGUGUUGUGCCUUUUAAAAGACAAAGGAAUGAAAGCAGAACCGAGGGACCGAUUGUCAAGGAUGAUGCUCUUCAGAUUUUAGCAUUAGACCCUAAAAAAUAUGAAGGCCGUUCUUAUGAAGAAAAGAAACAAUUUCUUAAAGAUUAUUUCCAUAAGAAACCAUAUCCUAGUAAAAAGGAAAUGGAACUGUUAUCCUCACUCUUUUGGGUGUGGAAAAUUGAUGUGGCUUCAUUUUUUGGAAAAAGAAGGUACAUUUGCAUGAAAGCAAUAAAGAGUCACAAGCCUUCUGUGCUUUUAGGCUUUGAUAUGUCUGAACUUAAAAAUGUUAAACACAGAUUGAACUUCGAAUAUGAACCAUAGAACUUGUUAAAAAAUAUAUAUAUAACUCUAAAGUAGUAGAUUUUUUUCAGUUGAAAUUUCACAGUGUUUUCCUCACUGUGUUGGUGAAUCAACCUCAGUGGUUGCUGUGCUGCUCUGCAGAGUUAUUUCAGGUGCUGGAGAGACCCCUGUUACCAGGAAGCUAGUAGUUAUUUCACAUCUAUUGUUUCCUGCAGUUUGGUUUGUAACAGUUGUUUUCAGGUUUUUUUCUCUGACCUGUAAAUGAAAUUUUUUGAUAUUUUAUGCACGCCUUGUUUUCCCCAUAGUGUCAGUGUCAUAUGAUAAGAAAUUGAAAUCUAUAAAUAACUUUUUUUUCAUUUAAGGAAAUUUCAGCCUUUUCCAGAAUUCUUGAUUUAUCUGCGAGUGGAAGCAUCGAUCUCCUUCAACUUUCUCUGAAGCCAGAGGUCAUACAGUGCGUGCUGAGCGAUGUGGGUACACAUCCCCGUGCGUGCUGAGCGAUGUGGGUACACAUCCCCGUGAUGUUUAAGGCUCCUUGCGGAUGCAUCGCAUCAACUUACACUGAUUUCUUUGUCAGAUCUUUGCUUAUAGAUUAUCAUUUUGCUCUGUAUUUUUUUAGGGUUGUCCUGAUAGCUGCCUUUGUUUUUUUUUUUUUAACCGUAACUCAUAGAAAAUCAAAUGUUUUUAUUUGUUAAAAGUAGACUGAAUCUGACAUCUGAUAUGCUGGUAUGUAGCUCAUAAAUUCAAGAAUUAUUUUAAAAAUAAAGUUAUUCUGUAGAUGCAGAAAUAUUUUUCAGUGUAGAUUUUCCCCUUCUUUGAUAUGCUAAGUCAUUUCUCCAUUCAGAGGUAAAACAAUGAAUUUUUAGUGCCUUUAGAAUAAACAUUGAAAAAAUACACCCAAAAACUCUUCUCCUAACCUAACUACUCAUAAACUAGUGAAAGGGAAGGACAGUGAUACUCAGGAAUAAAAUUAUUGCCCCUGAGUAUGGAUAUUAACUUAAAUUAUAGCAUAGAUUUUCAGGGGACAUGGCGAAGUUUGCAGACUGAGAUCUAAGUCUCCAUGGUUGGUACAGUAAGUCUUUGACCACGUUUUCUGAAGGUCAUGUUUGGUGGGGAAAUGGGCUUUUCUCUGUCUGGUUCGGGCAGGAAGCUGUGUCUGGGUGGAUAGGAUAACAUAGUGUUAAAGAAUCUCCAUUGUCAUCACUGUCCUGUGGAUGGUAAACCUCGUUUUUCCCCCACACGAUAUAAAAAAGACUUACAGCACCAGAACCAGUCAUGGAGACCAGCCAGUUUAGACCGUAAGUCAUAUUUCUGGUGAUACACAGCAGAGGAAUCCCUUUACUUUAGGUAGAAAUAUUUGGAGGAUGUGACAGCCUCUCAGAAACACGAUGUUACGAUGUGGAUUUUAAAACAUAGAAUACUUGCAUGUAAUUGCUAUCUGUGCACAUUUGAGGCAGUUGUGAAACCGGUUGUGAUUGUUGGUGUACUCUGUUGUAAAUUCAAAGAGAGCUUGUUGAACUUUAUUUUUUUUUUACCUGUUGUUUUCAGAGUGUCUAUUUUGAAUUAAAAUUUGUUACACCACUGCAAA